AUGUCACUCAUCGGGACAAGCUUGCCAAAGGCUCCUGCUGCUCCAGGUACCGAUGCAGAUCAGCCUUCUGUUACGGGCGAAAAUCUCCUCAAGAUGCCUUCUGUGGGCAUACUGAGAGUCAGUCGACUAGUUCGCGAAGAAGCCUACCCCAUCAUAGAGCGCGGCCGUUUGAAGAGACGUCCAUCAUUAAUCGUCAAGGUUCCUGCGAACAGCAGCCCAGCCGAUACAUCAAAGUACCUAUAUCGGAUCGCAGAUUUGAUGGGUGACCUCGCGUACCGGUUCCGGAGAGCUCGGAAGGAGGAUAAUGAGCAACAUAGCACAUCCAACGAAAUGCACCGAUCGACACUGCUUAGUCUUCAUCAGUGGAUCGAGGGAGUGUUCGUCAAUGACUGGGAAGGCGCUACGGAACAUCGCGACAGCACGGCUGCCAUGUUCGAGUUCUUCAAGCGGGCGAUCCUUACUUUGCGUCAAGGAACGUUCAGUAUGCACAUCAUGUUGCACGACAGCAGUCUCGUUCUAGGACACCCCGUCGGUGACUGA